CUGGAGCAUCUGAAGCUCUUUGCUUCAGGAGACUCAGACACAGAACCACUCUAUGCAGCCGGAGGAGGCACCAGGACUGCCGGGACAAGUUGGGCUCUGCUAAGUCAUUUCGUUGAGGCUAUUGGGCACAUCUUGGGCUGACCUGGACACCUCCCAUGCUCUUCUCUCUUCAACCAGACUUCCAUCUUUUACUUGGGAAGAAGACUGAAAAAUGGCGUUUCCAAUGUGGACAUCCAAGAAGCAAUUUUUUGUCCUUUGUAACAUGAUCCUAAUUUCCAAACUCCUUGGGGCUAGAUGGUAUCCUAAAACUCUGCCAUGUGAUGUCUCUAAGGAUGUCAGAAAUGCCCAGGUGAUUGUGGAUUGCACAGACAAGCGUCUGAAAGAAAUUCCAGGAGGUAUUCCCACCAACACGACCAACCUUACGCUCACCAUUAACCACAUAUCAGACAUCUCUCCAGCCUCCUUCAACAGGCUGAACCACCUGGUAGAGGUUGAUUUCAGAUGCAACUGCGUACCCGCUCUGCUGGGACCAAAAGAAAACAUAUGCUUCCGAAAGCUGCAGAUUAAACCCCAAAGCUUCAGCGGACUCACUUUUUUAAGAGCGCUUUACCUGGAUGGAAACCAGCUUCUAGAAAUACCUCAAGGCCUUCCUCCUAGCUUACAGCUGCUGAGCCUGGAAGCCAACAACAUCUUUCUGAUCAUGAAAGAUAAUCUAACGGAACUGAGCAACAUCAAAGAACUUUACCUGGGCCAAAACUGUUACUUUCGCAAUCCUUGUAAUGUUUCAUAUUUCAUUGAAAAAGAUGCUUUCUUAAAUAUGAGCCACUUAAAACUGCUAUCCCUGAAAGAUAACAAUAUCACAGCUGUCCCUGCUAUUCUACCACGUACUUUGACAGAGCUCUAUCUUUAUAACAACAUCAUCGCACAGAUCCAAGAAGAUGAUUUUAAUGAUCUCAACCAACUGCAAAUUCUUGAUCUAAGUGGAAACUGUCCUCGUUGUUAUAAUGCCCCAUAUCCUUGUACACCGUGUAAAAACAACUCUCCCCUGCAGAUCCAUGUACGGGCUUUUGACGCAUUGGCAGAAUUACAAAUUUUACGUCUACAUAGUAACUCUCUUCAGUAUGUGCCUCAAGGAUGGUUUAAAAAUCUUAAAAAACUGAAGGAACUCGACCUUUCCCAAAACUUCUUGGCCAAAGAAAUUGGGGAUGCCAAAUUUUUACAUCAUCUUCACAACCUUGUCCUAUUGGAUCUCUCAUUCAAUUAUGAAAUUCAGGUUUAUCAUGCAUUUAUAAAUUUAUCAGAUGCAUUUUCUUCACUGAAAAAUUUGAAAGUUUUGCGGAUUAAAGGAUAUGUUUUUAAGGAGCUGGACAGCCGGAACCUUUCCCCAUUACGUGAUCUUUCCAAUCUGGAAAUUCUUGAUCUUGGCACUAACUUUAUAAAAAUUGCAGACCUAAGUGUUUUUAAAGAAUUCAAAACACUGAAAGUCAUAGAUCUUUCAGUGAAUAAAAUAUCACCUUCAGGAGACUCAAGUGAAGCUGGUUUCUGCUCUAAUCCAAGAACUUCUGUAGUAGGCUAUGGGUCCCAGGUCUUCGAAGCAUUUCAUUAUUUCAGAUAUGAUGAUUAUGCAAGGAGCUGCAGGUUCAAAAACAAAGAGACUCCGUCUAUCUCAGCUUUGGAUGGAUACUGCCCUUACAAUUAUGGCAAGACAUUGGACCUAAGCAGAAAUAACAUAUUUUUUCUCAAGUCCUCUGAUUUUAAGCAUUUGUCUUUUCUCCAGUGUCUAAACUUAUCGGGAAAUAACAUUGGCCAAACCCUUAAUGGCACUGAAUUUCAACCUUUAGUGGAAUUGAAAUAUUUGGACAUCUCUAACAACAGGCUGGAUUUACUCUACUCAACAGCAUUUGAGGAAUUACACAAGCUGGAAGUUCUAGACAUAAGCAGUAACAGUCAUUACUUUCUAUCAGAAGGGAUUACUCACAUGCUAAACUUUACCAAGAAUUUAAAGUUUUUGAAGAAACUGAUGAUGAACAACAAUGGCAUCUCUACUUCUACCAGCAGGACCAUGGAGAGUGAAUCUCUCAGAACUCUGGAAUUCAGAGGAAAUCAUUUGGAUGUUUUAUGGAGAAGCGGUGAUAACAGAUACUUAGAAUUCUUUAAGAAUCUGCUUAAGUUAGAGGAAUUAGACAUCUCUGAGAAUUCCCUGAGUUCUUUGCCUCUUGGAGUUUUUGAAGGUAUGCCCCCAAACCUAAAGAAUCUCUCCUUGGUCAGAAACGGGCUGAAGUCUUUUGAAUGGGAGAGGCUCCAGCAUCUCAAGAAUCUAGAAACUUUGGACCUUGGACAUAACUACAUAAGGGAUGUCCCUGAGAGACUGUCCAACUGUUCCAGCAGCCUCAGGAAUCUAAUUCUUAACAACAAUGAAAUCAGGUACUUAACAAAGUAUUUUCUAGAAGAUGCUUUCCAGUUACGAUACCUGGACCUUAGCUCCAAUAAAAUCCAGAUUAUUCAGAAGACUAGCUUUCCGGAAAACAUCCUCAACCAGCUGGAGACACUGCUUUUGCACCAUAAUCGGUUUCUGUGCACCUGUGAUGCUGUGUGGUUUGUCUGGUGGGUUAACCAUACAGAGGUGACUAUUCCUUAUCUGGCCACAGAUGUUACUUGUUCAGGGCCCGGGGCUCACAAGGGUCAGAGUGUGGUCUCUUUGGAUCUGUAUACCUGUGAGUUAGAUCUGAAUAACUUGAUUCUGUUCUCACUUUCCUUAUCAGUGGCUCUCUUUCUGAUGGUAGUUAUGACAGCAAACCACCUCUAUUUCUGGGAUGUGUGGUAUAGUUACCAUUUCUGCAAGGCCAAAAUAAGGGGAUACCAACGUCUAUUAUCACUAGAUUCUUGCUAUGAUGCUUUCAUUGUGUAUGACACUAAAGACCCGGCAGUAACAGAGUGGGUUUUGGAUGAGUUGGUGGCCAAACUGGAAGAUCCGAGAGAGAAACAUUUUAACUUAUGUCUUGAAGAAAGGGACUGGUUACCGGGGCAGCCAGUUCUGGAAAACCUUUCCCAGAGCAUACAGCUUAGCAAAAAGACAGUGUUUGUGAUGACGGGUAAGUAUGCGAAGACUGAGAGCUUCAAGGUUGCAUUCUACUUGUCCCAUCAGAGACUCAUUGAUGAAAAAGUAGACGUAAUUAUUUUGAUAUUUCUUGAGAAACCCUUUCAGAAGUCCAAGUUUCUUCAGCUCCGAAAGAGGCUCUGUGGGAGUUCUGUCCUUGAGUGGCCAACAAACCCACAAGCACACCCAUACUUCUGGCAGUGUCUGAAAAAUGCGCUGGCCACAGACAAUCAUGUCACCUAUAGUCGGGUUUUCAAGGAGACAGUCUAGCCCCUCUUUGCAAGUCCCAGGUCUCUCACUUACCCAUUUGAAAUUUGGCUACUUGGACUUGCUCAUAAAUGUCUCACCGAAAGUAUGUUUUUGGAUUCUCUACAGCCUGGGAUGUGUCUUUAUCAGAGAGGAGUCACCGAUGUCUACAAAGGAGAUGAGAAGGUUAGGUUUCUGUAAUGUAACAAGUCCUCUUUCUUGUUUUUCUGUGUCUCCAUGGGCUCCUGCAUAGAAUGCUGUUGCUACGGUUGUGAAUAACAGGCAAGUAGGGUGAUGUGCGGGUCUGAUUCUCCUGUAACUGUAACUAUUAAACAGACACACAAUCACAAAAUUGAGAAUUGUUCUUCAACCCUUAAACAGUACUGAUAUGUAUAGCAGUAAAAAUAUGUGCAGGACCUGUCUAUGUGACAUCAACAUGCACCAGACGUAACCAGCUAAAUAAAAACGCCAAAUGUUAACACUUCCACUGACAGCUUCAAUAUCAAUUAGCUCCUUCUUCUGUGCACAUGGAGUGUUGGCAUCAGACAGGUCGCUGCUGCUUACGUGCCACUUGCUCUUUUGCCCUUGGACCUGCUGCUGGCUUCCGUGGGAAACUACUUAGAACCCUCUUUACCAUUGAUGGACAUAGUCUGCUUACAAACAGAAAACCAUGGAAGUGACCUGUCAUUAUACAAAGGGCUGCUCCUGAAUGAUGCCCCUUAACCUUGAUGGUAUUUUAUCUACUUAAAUCUUCUGGUCGCCUUUAUGUCCCCUCUUUUGAUUCCUAUAAUGGAAUCUUAACUCCUAACGUGAUGGUAUUAGGGGGCAGGGCCUUUGGGAGGUGAUUAGGUCACGAGGGUGGAGUCCCCCUAAUGGAAUUAGUGUACUUAUAGGCAAAGUCCAGAGAUCCAGUUUCCUUUCUCCCCACCACAUGAGGGAACAAAGAGAAGCCAACAGACAGGAAGAAGGCCUUCACCCAAACCAAAUCAUGCUGCACCCCCAAUCUCAGACUUCUGUCUUUCAGAAAUGUAAGAAAUAAAUGUUUGCU